AUGGCGAUGAUGAUGACUGGCCGUGUGCUGCUGGUGUGUGCCCUCUGCGUGCUGUGGUGCGGUGUCUGCGGUGGAAGUGUCGACGAUUUGGAUGUUGACGGUAAAGCCGGCGGUUCUUCGAGUGGUGGUGAAGAUACGCUGGGAUCGCCAAAACCUUUACCGCCAGAACCAGACCUCUCGGACUCAGAAAGAAAUCAACCAGAGCAUCAGGGAAACGCGUCACCAUCCCGAGCUACAGGUGAAGUUCUUGGAGAUGAUAGUGUUGAGGAAAAGAAAAAAGAUAAUGAUUCGAAUGAUGAUGAUGAUGACAGUGAAGAAUCAGAGCUACCUCCACCACCAGCAAUAGGAGCUUCAGGAAAAGAAGACACCAAAAAAUCACUUAUUACUUUACCACAAGUAUCUGGUGUUGGCGGUUCUGCCGGUGGUGGCGGCGGCCCAAGUGGAAAUCCGAACAGAAGCGGUGAUGAUGUGUUGAGUUCUUCCGCUCUUAUUUCUGCUCCUCCACCCUUCAUUUCCACUGGUAGCAAUGGUUCACAGACCGUUAUUGGUGUGUCAUCCACUCAGCAGAUGGAAUAUUCAAAAGAAAGUGCGAAUUUAUUAAAAAAACCUGCAGAGGACAUACCGUCCAAAGUGUACCCACAAGAGAAGCCAGCACCCAAUGCUCGAGAAGUUUCCUCCACUCAACGAGUGACGACAAAAAGUCAAGUUGCUGGUAAGGACACAACUGGAAAAGAUGAGGCGCAGAACGGCAAUGUAGCAAACAACCCUUCCGGCAAACAAACAGGACAAAUGGCGUUACAAAAACCACAGACACAACCAAUAAAAGUAACAAAAGAUCCAAUAUCACCACUACCACCAACAGAGAAAUCACCAGCACCAACAGUUAAAGCAGAAAAAGAAGGCCCACCGGCAACAACAGGCUUCCAGACCUCAACAGAACAGAAGCAAGAAGGAUCACCGUCACAAACCGAAACGCAGCCAAAAGAAAUGAAACAGUCUUCAACAGAUGGUGGGGGAAAGCAAAAAGGAAAAGACACAGUCUCAUCGGAUUCGAUGACGAAUGCAGUUACCGACACUUCAGCAGAAACAAAAUCAUCAUCCAUCUCUACAAGUGGAAGUGGCAUUGCCCAGGAAAAGGAGGUUGAGGAUGAUGACGAUCCUCAACGGCCUAACAGCAAAGAACCACACAAGGACCCCGAAGCUCAUAAUACCAACGUUGCUCCCACAGCCAGUGAAAAUGCACCACAAACAGUGAAAACAGUCACAGCCCAAACAAAAGGUACGGCAACGCCUGGCGACAGUGACGGCAGCACCGCGGUCUACCACACCACCUCCCCUCUUUUGCUUCUUCUUGUUGCGUGUGCUGCUGCGGUGGUGGCCGCGUGA